CACCAAGCAAUACAGAAAGGAGAGACAACCAAGAAGAGAAGAGAAGACAGAAAUUCCUUCAACGUCUCUUCUUCUUCUUCUUUGGAUGAUUUCUUCUCUCUAACUUCAUUCUCUAUUUCAUAAUUUCAUUAAUAAAAAAAAAGGAUUCAUCUGUACCAUCAAAAUCAUAUUAACCUUAUUGAUUUUUUUUCAAUUAUUUGGUAAAGUAAGAAUUAGAAGAAGAAUGAUGGUUGUUGAUAACAGUUUUGAUCUAUGGCAAAAAGACGUCUUCUUUUCUGCUGCUGAAGAAGUCCAGAAUUCUGCUGAUAUGUUUUCUUUUUAAUUUCUACCAAUGGGUUUCAAUCAAAAAAGUUAAAUUUUGAUUCUUUUUGAUAAAUGGCGUAAUGGGGGAUUUCGCAGAAUGGAAUCAGUUUACAGGACAUGGGUAAGGGAGACAAAAGAAGGUUUAGAAUCAGAUGAUUAUUCCGUUGAACUGCGAAGAGAGGUUCAAACUGCACUGGGAACUGCUAAAUGGCAGUUGGAUGAAUUCGAGAGAGCGGUUCGGUUAAGUCAUCGAAUUGAGGAUAAUCGAACGACUAGGCAUAAACAAUUCAUUAGUGUGAUAGAAGGGCAGAUAGCUCGUGUGGAAACUGCCUUGAAGGAGGCGCUAAAUGAGGAAGGGAAUGAACCUCUUCGGUGGGUGAAUUUGGAUGAAGAAGAAAGAGAUGAUCUAGCUGCAUUUCUCUCUGGGUCAUCGCCUGGGACAUCUCAGAGUGGAACAGAUGACUCUGUUGAGUCGGGGUCGGUAAAAGACGUGCACCUAUGUGGUGUUGGUGGUGGCGCGAAUGAGAAAGAGAUUGUGGAGUGUAAGCGGAAGGGGUUUAAAGAGGUUUUAACUAUCAAUAAGGAUGCUAAGUAUGUUGUAGAACUGGAAACGAAAGAAAUUUCUGGGGCAGGAGAUGAUGUAAAUUGUCAAGCAGAGAGAUCAGCUGGUCAAACGAGGAUGUGGGGUUCGCCAAAUUUUGGUGAUUGGAAGAUUGUAAUUGCUGAUGAGGAUGACAAGAGGAAGAAGUUAGUAUCUGAAGAUGAAUCCACAAACAAAGGAAAGGUAUUGAAGAGUAGUUUUUGGAGGCAAAGGGGUGAGGUGCUUCCACAAACAAAUGGAGGGAUAUCAAGUUCGCGGGACAUUAGAGGAGUACGUCGCUUAACUCAGCUUGUUUCGAGAUUGGGUGGUUGCCGGAGGCAGUCACAGAGCCCACGACACAUGAAGUUUAGAUCUCCUGUUCGAGUCACGCUCCUGGUCAUGCUAACAAUUAUUUUGAUUGUGCCUUUCUUGUUCUACUCAGCUUGAGCCUUGAGCAAGUGUUGUUGUAUGGAGAUAAAAAGGUACCUAAAGUCAGCUUCUCGUGCAAAGAGGACAGUCAUGGCAAGUAACCUUUUGAUCUUCUCAUACCUUAAAUCGAAACCCACCUUUUAAAAUGGGAAUUUUGAUAUACCUGAAUUCCUUGCGGCAUUCAAAUGGGUCCCCAAGGUUGAUGAUGGCGAUUGACACCGAUAUAUGGUUGGUCACAGCAAACUGUACCGGAAUUGAAUAUUGAAGGCCAAUGUCAUGCCAUAUAUAGAUACAAAGUUUGUGAUAUUAGUAAAAACGAUGACAGCUUAAGUGGCUUCUAUUCGCACCUGUAAUGUAAUGCAAUGUAUUUUUAAUGUACGAUGUGUCUCCUCUCUUGCUUUAUAAUUCUUCUUCUGGCUGUAUCUUUCAUGCAAUAGAAAAGUUGAUUCUUCUCAUUUCCUUGGGCUACAAAUAAGUUUGUAAAUAUCACAUUCCCAAUAAAGCAUAUAAACCUCUGCAAUUGUUUC